GUCAAAGUGACAGCGCUGUACUGCUGAGCAUCACAUUGUGCAGUGUGUAGGGGGGGACCCAUUGACUGGCCCGUACGCGCUACUAUGGAGCGGCUUUGGAUCACCGUGGCAACAUGUAUGCUCACGUCCUGCUGUGUCAAAGGCAACGACUGGUGGUGGGAGUAUGAGGAGGGCAUACGGCACUACAGCAAAGAGGCCCUCAACAAGGAGUUCCCAGAGAAAACUCGACCCCUGAGCUUCAAACAUCCUGUGUUCCAGUGCCCGGACAUGAGCCCUUCUCCCUCUGUCCCGUCCUCAGUUGAAUAUGUGAAGGCGGCAGAUAUCAAAGUCAUCGCUGCCCUGGGGGAUUCACUGACAACGGCCAUCGGUGCAAACGCCACCACUGUACUCGGGAUUCCUAUAGAGUUUCGCCAUGUGUCGUGGAGCAUUGGAGGCUUUGGGUCAUUUGAGUAUGUCAUUACUCUGGCAAACAUCAUCAAGCUGUUCAACCCCAACCUGCUGGGUGCCGCUCCGGGGAAGACGGUUCACGGCAUGCAGGCUCAUAUCAGCGAAACGGGCUUCAACCUGGCUGUGACGGGACACAACACCUUCAACCUUCCCAGUCAGACCAGACAUUUGAUCGACACCAUGAGAGGUUAUGAGGGUCUGAACUUUGAGGAGGACUGGAAGCUGUUGACCAUCCUCAUGGGCAUGAAUGACAUCUGUGAUUACUGUAAAGAUAAGGCUCUAUUUUCAGUGGACAACUUCAUUCACUAUAUCACCGUAUCCUUGGAAAUGCUCAUGAAUGAGGUUCCUCGUAUGAUCGUAAAUGUGGUUCAGAUCCUGCCCAUGCAGACUCUGAGGGAGGUGCAGAAGCCUACCCCGGGGUGCCUGCUCCAAAGGUCUUUCUGCUCAUGCCUGAUUGAGCCAGUAGGUAGUUCUGCCGAGCUUCUGGAGUUGGUAGAAGUCAAUCUGGAGUUCCAGAAGAGGCUGGAUUUGCUGCUGUACAGCGAUCGGUUCUUCAGGGACGACUUCGCCGUCGUUCUUCAGCCCUUUCUGAAACACGCUGACCCUCCCCGCCUCCCGAACGGGAAGAUCGAUAUGACCUUCUUCACUCACGACUGCUUUCACUUCACCAUUAAGGGACACGAGGAGCUGGCAAAGGGACUGUGGAACAACAUGUUUCAGCCAGAGGGAGGAAAGAUGAUCGUGAGCAGCUUUUCUGACCCCAUCAGUCUCAUCUGUCCUCCCAUGGAACACCCGUAUAUCUUCACCCGGCCGAUAGCAGCCCGGUCUGGUCAGCCUCCUCUGCAGUCUGCCGCUCUCUCACAGGCAGCCGUGUUCUUCCUGCUGCUCCUCGGGGCCUUGGCAUGUCUCCCGGUUAUGUAGCUUCCACUUUUCUGGACUGUUUAACAAGCCUGCCUCUGCUACAUUGGUUGCUGUUGAGAUUUUAGGGCGAUAAACAUGCAAAGUAGAGUUUGUCAGCCAGACUUUGCAGCUGAAUACUGAAUAUUUAUUUAGAGGCAGGUGAAGACUUAGGCGGUUGUUGGUGAGAAGCUUUCUUUGGAAGAAUCUGUUGCUGGAAGCAAAACGUUUUCUAUUUGCAUUCAAACCGAUCCAUCAUCCCUGCACUGAGUUUAUUUAUCAGUCCACACACUAACUGAACUUAUGAACAUGUGUACUUGGAAUAAUAUACUGUAGGUAAUUUUUGAAGCAAAAGUCUAGCUAGUAGUUGCUUUGAAUAAAGUGUAUCACCCAGUAUAAGUUGCAGAUUUUGUAAA